AUGAAGGCGUUUUGCCUCCUCCUCGGCGCCUCUGUGGCGUCCGCCCAUACCAUCUUUGUCCAGCUUGCGGCCGGUGGCACGACGAACCCUGUCAGCUAUGGCAUAAGGACGCCGACCUAUGACGGCCCUAUCCAAGAUGUUACCUCGAACAGUCUCGCUUGCAAUGGGCCGCCCAAUGACCCGAAGUCUGCCAGCAACGUUAUCACCGUCCAAGCUGGAUCGACUGUCAACGCUAUCUGGAGGCAUACCCUGGACUCGGGGGCCGACGAUGUGAUGGAUGCGUCCCACAAGGGGCCCACGUUGGCGUAUCUGAAGAAGGUUGACAACGCCUUGACCGAUACUGGGAUCGGUGGUGGAUGGUUCAAGAUUCAGCAAGAUGGUUACAAUGGAGGUGACUGGGGCACAUCUAAGGUCAUCAACAACGGCGGCAUACACGCAAUUACCAUCCCGUCCUGCAUUGCCCCAGGACAAUACUUGCUGAGGGCCGAGAUGAUUGCGCUCCAUGCUGCGAGCUCUUCUGGUGGUGCCCAGCUUUACAUGGAAUGCGCUCAGAUCAACGUUGUGGGAGGAACAGGAGCAUCCACGCCGGCCACUUACAGCAUCCCUGGCAUUUACAAGGCCGAUGACCCUGGACUGCUGGUCAACAUCUAUUCCAUGACCUCUUCAUCCACCUACACGAUCCCAGGCCCCAACCCCUUCACGUGCGGUGCCUCGGGCGGCGGGAGCCCCCAGACAUCCACCACAUCCAAGCCCGUCACCUCCUCCACGACGCUCGCCACGUCGACAAAGACCUCGUCCGCCGCGUCGACGACCACCAGCGCUGCGUCCGGUGGCGCCUGUGCUGCCAAGUAUGCGCAGUGUGGCGGGACAGGGUGGACCGGCGCUACGUGCUGCGCGUCGGGAAGCACCUGCUCUGUUUCGAGCCAGUACUACUCGCAGUGUCUAUGA